AUAGUGACAGAGUGCAGCGGAGGACUAUUUCUGCUACUAAAAGCCGCACUUCUCCACGCUCCAGACAGCAGCCCUCUGAGGACGGACGGAGACGGUCAAUCAUUGAAUAAGAAGGCUGGUGUUUGUAUGGUCACCUUGCACAGACUCCUUCCAUGUUGUAGGUGCUGAAGAGCUCUAUAGACCGGAACGUGGGAGGCACCAUGUCUGACAGCCAGUCAGACAGCUGCAUGGGCCACCAGGCCCCUCUAAUUCUGGAGAGCGUCUUCUCCACAGAACUCCAUAUAUCUGAGCCUGGAGAUGAUUGCUACCAGUCACAAAGCUCCCCGACACCCCAAUCUGAAACUCCCCAACCUCAGGAAGAUGUAGUAGACAGGCUGGUGGUGCCUCAGCAGGUUGUUUUGAGCACCCAGAGUCCUGCAGCACGGAAGGUUGGCAAAAACCAGCUCAUCCCCAAGAAUUUGGCCAGCCGGCAUAAGGUCCGCCACCACACCACCGUGGUGACGUUCCCUGUGGGACUGGAAAACUCCACCAGUGUGACCCGGAGCCGCCACUCAACUCAGGGGCCAGAUUUGUCCUGGGAGGAUUAUGACAGUGAUGGAGACGGCUUUGCUUUGAGGAGGAACCGCAGGAACAAGUCAUACAGAGCGGCUGUGACCAGCCUGGACAUUGAAGCCAUGGCGUCGGGACAGGGGACUGCAUCCACGCUGAAACCUGUCAAAGAGGACAGAGCAGCCAGUCCUAGUCCAGCUCGCAGCCCUGGGCGCAAGAGAACCCUGGGGAGAAAGAGGAACCAGAACAAGCGUGGGUCCUUCAAAGAUGCUACACCGCGCCUCUACCAGGAGAUCCGAGAGCGAGGGCUGCACUCCACUAACCAGGACGAGCUGCUGGACGACUUUGUGGUGGUGGAGCCUCCCGUGGAGGACCAGGGCAUCGUGGUGAAGAGCUACCGGCCAGUACAGCUCACAUGGAGCCAGCUGCCACAGGUGAGGGACACGGAUAUCCUGACAUUGAUCUCACCUCAGGAGAGAAAGAGACAAGAGGCCAUUUUCGAGAUCAUCACAUCAGAGCAUUCGUAUCUGCACAGCCUGGGCAUCCUGGUGCGUCACUUUAAGAAUAGUGAACCUCUGAAGAAAACAAUGACAGCCACAGAACACCAUCACCUCUUCUCCAACAUCUCUGUUAUUCACCAAGUCAGCAAAAGGUUUUUUGAGGAUCUUGAACGGCGUCACUAUGACAACCCAGUGAUCAGGGACAUUAGCGAUAUAGUUCAGAACCACGCUGCCCACCACUUUGAGCCCUACAUCGUGUACUGCUCCAACGAGACCUUCCAGCAGAGGACGCUGCAGAAGCUGCUGACCACUAACACUGCGUUCAAAGACACCCUGAAGAAGAUUGAAGGGAGCAGUGAAUGUGGAGCCCUGCCCAUGAUCUCUUUCCUCAUCCUUCCCAUGCAGCGAGUCACCAGACUGCCACUGCUGCUGGACACAAUCUGCCAGAAAACUCCAGACAAGACGGCGGAGUACUUCGCUGCUGUCUGGUCGCUGCAUGCCAUCAGCAAGUUGGUCGCUAGCUGCAAUGAUGGAGCUCAGCGAAUGGAGAGAACAGAGCAGAUGUACACCAUGCAGAAACUGAUGGACUUUGGUAAAAUCAAACCAUUUCCUCUGGUGUCGUCGUCGCGGUGGCUGAAGAAGCGUGGUGAGCUGGCCCUCUGCAGCGAGGAGCUCAGCAUCUGGAGGGCAUUCAGCAACCGGAGCUACUACCUGUUUCUCUUCAAUGACGUAUUGAUUGUCACAAAAAAGAAGAGUGAGGAGAGCUUUGUGGUGAUGGACUAUGCCACUUUGGAGAAUGUAGAGGUGGAGGUGGUAGAGGAUCCAGAAGGACGAAUGUCUCCACCCUCCAAAAACAGCUCUAGCCACUAUCUUUCCUUCAAGCUGCUGAUGAGCAAGAACAGCGACGGCAGAGCGGAGCAGAUCUCCCUGGUGGCGGAGUCCAGGGUGGAUCGAGCACGUUGGAUAGUUGCUCUCACAGAACACAAGCAGGCAGAAGUCUUCACUUGCAAAGAUGGUCUUCCACAGUACGAGGCCAACAAAUCUUACAUGCCAAAGGAGCUGGAUGAGUUGGGGCUGAAACAAGCGGAGCUUGUCAUCUUGUUGCAGAAAGAGGAAGCAUGGUGCUAUGGGGAGAGAAUGCGCGAUGGAGUGAGAGGCUGGUUUCCUGCUACCUGUGCCACAGAGAUCACGGACCCCAUGGCCAUUGAAAACAACAUGCAACGCAUGAAGCGCCUGCGCAAAGAGACCAAUGUUUGAAAGAUGGACAAAAUAACUACAUUAGAAGAAGUUCAGAUAUUUAAGACUGCAUAGCUUCUGUUUCCUCAUGAACAGUCCGUAUACUACAUGCUGAAAGCUGUUAACCGGGAUAUGAAAAGCUAAAAUAAUAGCGACUUAUGUUGUCCUGGUUCCAAGGUGGUCUAGGUUGAAUACAGUGUGACCAUGAGGGUCCCAGGUUAAUUCCAGCAAGUUUCAUGUUACCCUUACUAUCAGACUGUCCAAGCCAAUUAUUUUAAAAUAUGAUCUUCAGGUUGAAUUGACAGUGAAAUCUCAAGCUGACUGUUUAAAGGUGUUCUUGUUCACCUUGUAUGUAUGCAACCAUUAAAGAAAGGACUUCAGUAGGACUUACCACUUGUACAGCACAACCCUUUUAUUUGAUUUAAAUUUAAGACCUACCUGCUUUCCUAAACAAUUAACCUGAGAUGCAGCCUGGAAUUUUGAUUGAUAAAUCUGAGGGCACCAACGGUUAUCUCGAAUGUCUACAUAGACUGUAGUAUGAGCUUGCAUGCAAAAAACAUUCCGGUAUGACCUAAACUUUGCUGAGUGCCAUCACCUAACAUGUUGGGGAACUCGAUAUAGUACUAAAUGUGGGUUGCAUUACUUGUAUCAUUGUGAUGGUGCAACAUGUGUGUGGGUUUCUUUGUUAAUGUAAUAUUAAAUGUGACUACAGGGUUAUCAGUUUAUGUAAAAAAACAUUUACAAAUAUAAGUGCAGUUUAUGACACUGCGUUGUUGUAUCAUUCUUUUGUCUGAAGGUAUCGAUAUUUGAAAUGCUAACACACUCCUAACCUAACCCCGUAAUGUGUAACAUGAAGCUAAAUUAAGUUGGUCGAUGUUUAGAGCCCAUAUACUUGAAAUAUAAGAAUAAAUCAAACACUUGAGACAA